ACCCGCACUGGGCCGGCUCCAGGUGCAGCCGGGCUGUGACGGGGCGGCGGAGGCGGGAAGGCCUCGGUGCCUGCCCCCGGCCCGCUUCUCACGGCCCAUCCCCGCAGAGGCCGCGGCGGGAGCGGCGCCGCCAUGGGGGAGCUGUUCCGCAGCGAGGAGAUGACCCUGGCCCAGCUGUUUCUGCAGUCCGAGGCCGCGUACUGCUGUGUCAGCGAGCUGGGCGAGCUGGGCAAGGUCCAGUUCCGCGACCUGAACCCCGACGUGAACGUGUUCCACCGUAAAUUCGUCAAUGAAGUCCGGAGGUGCGAGGAGAUGGACCGAAAGCUCCGGUUUGUGGAGAAGGAGAUUAAAAAGGCAAAUAUUCCUAUCAUGGACACUGGCGAAAACCCAGAGGUGCCUUUUCCACGUGACAUGAUUGACCUGGAAGCAAACUUUGAGAAAAUUGAAAAUGAGCUUAAAGAGAUCAACACCAAGCAGGAGUCUCUGAAGAGAAACUUCUUGGAGCUGACAGAAUUAAAAUUUAUACUGCGUAAAACUCAGCAGUUUUUUGAUGAGAUGGCAGAUCCAGACCUGUUGAAGGAAUCCUCUUCACUGCUGGAGCCGAGCGAGAUGGGAAGAGGUGCCCCGCUCCGACUCGGGUUCGUGGCUGGCGUGAUCAACCGCGAGCGCAUCCCCACGUUCGAGCGGAUGCUGUGGCGCGUGUGCCGCGGGAACGUCUUCCUGCGCCAGGCCGAGAUCGAGAACCCCCUGGAGGACCCCGUCACAAGGGAUUACGUGCACAAGUCUGUAUUUAUCAUCUUCUUCCAAGGUGACCAGCUGAAGAACAGAGUCAAGAAGAUCUGUAAAGGGUUCUGGGUCUCCCUCUACCCAUGCCCAGAAACACCUCAGGAGCAGAAGGAUGAUCUUCAGAUGGUAAAAUAACUGGAGCCAAUGAACUUUCUUAGUUUUUUUUUUUUUUUUUAAUAAUAUGAUUAAAAACUCUAUUUGGAAACUUUAGAUUCUGUCCAAACAGGAGGAUUUUCACCCCUAUGAGAUGACCAUAUUUUCAGCUUCGGGUAGCUUGAGACCAGAAGUGCAAGAGAGGUGUUUGGAGACUGCUCAGUUGUUUCUGUGUCAGGAUUUGGGAUGGGUGGUUUGAUCUUUCUGUAGGGCUAAGCAAUUCAUUAUAAACAACUAAUUACAGAGAACUCCACACCAGAGCGAAAAGAGGAACUCAUGUAGGGAGAUCCUGUAGGUUCUGACUCUGAGAGCAUGUUGUGUAACUGCCUGCUUCAUCUGCAAGUACUUUGAAAACGUUUAAGCUUUUUUCAAACUGAGAUACAACAAUGCUAACAUUAAUUUAGCUCUUCCUUUUUCUGCCUGUCUUUAUAUUUUCAUGUUGUGCUGUCCUGAAGAGCUUCUGCUUUACAGCUAAUCUCUUGUGCAGCAGCCUGAAUCUUGGU